AGGAGCCGUAGCUCUUAGAUUAAAAAGCAACUGCACACUUAUGCAACAGGAAAUUAUACACUAUUUAGAUUAAAAUCUCAACAAUUUAGGACAACAGCAGCAAUGAAGACAACACUGGCAACUCUUACUCUCUGCCUGGUGGUGCUCAUGGCCACAGGGUUCCCUUUGGAGAAGAAAGGGGGCUCAUCCUCGGGCAGUGCUGCCAAGGAGAAGCGUGUACAGUACGCAGCGUGGGAUGACGUGAAUGUCAUCGCUCAUGGCCUGCUGCAGCUGGGCCAGGGGCUGAAGGAGCACGUGGACAAAACCAAAGUCCAGAUGAGGGACAUUUCCACCAAGCUGAAGGUCUACAACCGCACAGUGACCGAGCUGGGGAAGGAAAGCCAGAAGCUGCGCGUGGAGGGGGAGGCCCUGAAGGCGCGAGCCCAUGGACUGGAGGACAGAGAGGGACAACUGCUCAAUGUCACAGCCGAGCUGAGGGAGAAGGCGGAGGAGAUGCAGCAUGAGAGGAGGACGAUGAGCGAGAGGAUGAACCGUCUGGAGGAGAGGGUGGACAGCAUGCUGCAGGGCGACGCUGUGCUGCCUGACACUAACGCUGGUGCCAAGAACCACAGUGACGCUCGCAACAUCCAGCUGAUGCUGGAGGCUCAGAACAAACGCAUUGACGAGCUGAUGGAGCGGAUCAGACUCCAGCAGGAGAAGCUUGACAAGCAGAACAUGCGCAUCCGGGCCCUGCAGAGUCAGGUGCAACAGACACGUCAGAGGACGUCCUCGCGGAGCAGCAACACUGACGUGCAAAGUGGCGUCGCCGAGCAACGCGACUCACCAGUCGAGAUGGCAUCAGACUGUCAUGAGCUGUUCCUGAGAGGAGAGAGCACAAGCGGGGUCUAUACCAUCCAGCCAAUAAAUGCAGAGCCCUUUAAAGUGUUCUGUGAGAUGACAGCUGAUGGCGGAUGGACUGUGAUCCAAAGUCGCCAAGAUGGCUCAGUGGACUUUGACCAGCUAUGGCAGGCCUACGAAAAAGGCUUCGGCAGCUUGAAUGGAGAGUUCUGGUUGGGGUUAGAGAAGAUCCACUCCAUUGCUAAAGAUGGUGGCUACAUCCUCAACAUCCAGCUCUCUGACUGGAGUGGUGAUUUAGCAUCUGUCCACCUCCCCUUCCAGCUGGGCGGAGAGGAAACCAAGUACUCUCUAAAAAUUCAGAAGACAGACACUUUCAGCCCUUUGGAAAGCUCCCUUGUGACUGAUGCCACCACCGGCCUGCCCUUUUCAACCCAUGACCAAGACAACGACCAGAAAAACGACACCAACUGCGCCAAGCACCUCUCUGGUGGCUGGUGGUUCAGUAACUGCGGUCGCUCCAACCUAAACGGUAGAUACUUCCAGAGCCCUCCUCCAAAGCAGCGGGACCAGAGGAAGCAGAGCAUCUUCUGGAAGACCUGGAGGGGCCGCUACUACCCUCUGAAGUCCAGCAGGAUGAUGAUCGCCCCUGCUGUGAUCGUAAACAAGUCAUAAAGAAUAGAAAGAGACAGAAAGAAAAAGUCGAGACAAAGACGAGGGGGGGAAAGACGUACAUUUUGGACUAUUCUUUCUUUUCUUGGUGCUUGGUUGAUGAGUUAGAGGUUUCCAUUUUCCCUGGUUGUUUCCCUGUGAGGAAGACCUUACACCAGAGCCAAGGCCCUCAAAAUAGAAGCAAAAAGAACUCACAUUUAAUGAGUUCCAGGUUUCCACUGCUCUGUUCUCCGAGAGACGAGUAGAUUCCUCCUCCACACCUAGAGCCACAGAUGGAAAAAGGACAAAUAAAAACUUGCAGUGGAAAGUUUUUCAUAUGCACCAUUGCAGUUGAUCCCAUCUGUUGGCACGAAGCAGGGGCCCCUAGUCAGGAGAGAAUCACAGUGCGAGUCCCGGCCCAUCCGCCGUGCUCGAAGCCACAAAUGAUUUCCAACAAGUAGAGACGCAACUGUGUAUGUGGGCUGCUGUUGAGUUUGAAUGUGGUUUUGGAGCAAGUAAACUGCACUGUCAGCUCAAAACAGAUUAAGAAUUGCUUGAAAAGGAUGCAUGUAGGAGUGAAAUGAAAAACCCGACGGCGCAGACCAAGUAAUGACUGAACAAAGAGUUCUUUUCCACAUAUGAGAUUCAUGUUCAAAAGCAUUAUGUAAAGUUAUAAAUCACUGUAAACUAGGAUUGCAAUGCAGAAAUUGUGUUCAGACUGAUCUUGGUGGGGCAAUGAAAACCAUUCCAGCUUUUCGUACAAUAUAUUUUCUGUCUGCAAUUUUGAAUCGAGUUAAGCAUAUUCUUUACCGACUUAAAUUUUUCUGUGGAGAUUUUGAUGUUAAGUCAUAUUGACUUAUUUCAAUACGAGAGGCAUGGUUUGUACAUAGUGUAUGAAGGAAUGUCAUCUGUAUUUUCAGAAUUAUAACUGUUACUGAUUUAUUGUGACAUUAUCUGUAGUCUCUGUGACUUGAAGGAUUGUUUUUGUAGAUGUUCCCUUUCCUUAUUUAAAUGCUAAAGAAUCAAUAUAUAUAUAUAUAUAUUUCUGGUGCUACCCGUUUGUAAUUUAUAUUGUCUUUGUCGUGUUUACCAGAUGUACAAUUGUUUUUUAAGAGACUUUAACCAUCGUUGGGACCAUAGUGAGCCAAUAAAAUUGAUUUAAACUA